CAGGCAGGGAGAGAUGUGCCGCUCGGAGCCGCGCUGAGUGUCUGUCGCCUCGGGUUAAAUUUCAGCGCGGCAGCGCUCGGGUUUCUCUCCGGGAGAUCAGGUUUACGACGUAUCGGCUGCCUCUCUUCUCCUCUCUCUUUCCCUCCCUCCCUCCCUUCUUUGGCGCUCUCCCGCUGCCCACCACUGCCCUUUUUCUUCCGUCCACACAUAUUCACACUUUGACUGGAAGUUUUUUUUUUUUUUUUUUCCCCGGCAGAGCUGCUCCACUGUCCGCGGUGCGCGCUCGGAGAGCCGGGAGGCAUGAAGCGACAUUAGGAACAAAUAACCGUGGGAAAGAAAAAAGAGAGAAAGAGGACAACAGGACGAAGGGAAUAAAAGAAUAAAACAGUCUGAGUGAAACAGGAACCAGGACGACGUCCAAGGGAGCCUGGGUGCAACAGUGGAACCUCCUCUUUGAGAGAGCUUUUCUCCUCUGGAUGGUAUGGCUGAAAUGCUGAAUCCGCCGGGCCUGCUGACUAUGCCCCGGAGCCCCACCUCCAGUGAGGAUGAGAUGGCCCAGAGCUUUUCUGACUACUCCGACGACUGUGACUCCGACAGCUCCCACGAAGAGACCAUUUACGAGACCAUAAGGGCCACCGCCGAGCCAUCGCGGAACCACAUGGACGACAUUCACAUCAACUCGCUGGUCAUCCGCAUCCUCAUCCCCGACCUGCAGCAGACGAAAUGCAUGCGGUUCAACCCGAAUGCGACGGUCUGGGUUGCAAAGCAGCGGAUCCUGUGUACACUUAAUCAGAGCCUGAAAGACGUGCUCAACUAUGGGCUUUUCCAGCCAGCUAGCAAUGGGAGGGACGGCAAGUUCCUGGAUGAAGAGCGCUUCUUUCGAGAGUACCCCCAGCCAAUCAGCAAGGGCGUCCCGUCUUUGGAGUUCCGCUACAAGAGCAGAGUCUACACGCAACCCAACGUGGACGAGAAACAGAUUGCCAAACUUCAUACAAAGGCCAAUCUGAGGAAGUUCAUGGACCUCAUCCAGCAUAAUCAGGUGGACAAAGUGUCUAAGAUGUUGGAGAGAGGCUUCGACCCCAACUACCAUGACAGUGAGACCGGUGAGAGUCCUCUGACAUUGGCAGCUCACCUGGACAACAUGGUGGAGUUGAUCAAGGUGCUGAAGACGGGCGGAGCUCACCUGGACUUCAGAGCCAAAGAUGGCACGACUGCCCUCCACAAAGCCGCGCGCUCCAGGAACCUCGUUUCACUCACGACCCUGCUGGAGUUGGGAGCUUCUCCGGACUACAAGGACAGCCGUGGUCUGACUCCUCUGUAUCACAGCGUGAUGGUGGGAGGAGACCCGGGCUGCUGCGAGCUCCUGCUCAACCACCACGCCUCCGUCUGCUGCCAGGACGAGAACGGCUGGCAUGAAGUUCACCAGGCUUGCCGUCACGGCCACGUGCAGCACCUGGAGCAUCUGCUGUUCUAUGGCGCAGACAUGAGCGCCCAGAAUGCCUCGGGAAACGCUGCUCUCCACAUCUGUGCCCUAUACAACCAGGAUAACUGUGCCAGAGUGCUGCUUGUUCGUGGAGCCGACAAAGAAGUGAAGAACUACAACAGCCAGAGUCCAUUUCAGGUUGCCAUUAUUGCUGGGAACUUUGAGCUCGCUGAACUCGUCAAGAACCACAAAGAGACGGAUAUAGUGCCUUUCCGCGAGGCUCCAGCCUACUCCAAGCGCCGCCGGGGCCCGUCUUCUGGCAGCGGAAACGAGCCGUCCCCCUCCUCGUUAUCAGCGCCGCGGGUCCUGCUGCGCUCCAACAGCGACAACAACCUAACAGUCAGUCAGUACCAGCAGCAGCAGCAGCACGGGUCUCCUGGCAACUGGGCCCCCCAUCUGCAGCAACACGCCCAGCCCCACCCACACAGGGCCCCCCAGCAGGGUCUCUCGCAGCCUGGCUCCUCAGCAUUACACCGCAGCCUGUCACCCCAGCUGCUCCAGCAGAUGCCCAGCGGCAGCCCAAAUGGCAACGUGGUGGUCCGGACCAUGGGGAGGGGGGCACGGAGCCGCUCACCCUCCCUCAGCCGGCUUGGGGAGGAGGCCCGCCGAGCUCCGCCUGCACAGCGCCAGCCCAGUCCCAGCAGUCACGGCGAGGCUGUAGGCACCAGGAGGAAGCUGUACAGCGCCGUUCCUGGCAGACAUUUCGUGGUGGUUCGUCCUUACAUCGCCCAGGCCGAGGGAGAGAUCAACCUGUACAAGAGCGACAGGGUCAAAGUUCUGAGCAUCGGGGAGGGGGGUUUCUGGGAGGGCAGCGCCCACGGCCAGGUGGGCUGGUUUCCAGCCGACUGUGUGGAGGAGAUCCCGGCCAAGGCCGCCGACGAGAGGAGCUAUUCCCGAGCAGACCGCGCUGACAGACGGAAGCUCUUCAGACACUACACGGUGGGCUCCUACGACAGCUUCGACGCCUCAAGUGACUGCGUGGUGGACGAGAAGACGGUGGUGCUCCAGAAAAAGGAGAAUGAGGGAUUUGGCUUCGUCCUGCGAGGGGCAAAAGCGGAUACGCCCAUCGAGGAGUUCACCCCCACGCCGGCCUUCCCCGCCCUGCAGUACCUGGAGUCUGUGGACGAGGGAGGAGUGGCAUGGCAGGCGGGACUCCGGACCGGCGACUUCCUCAUCGAGGUGAACCAGGAGAAUGUGGUGAAGGUGGGCCACAGACAGGUGGUCAACAUGAUCCGCCAGGGAGGCAACCGGCUCCUGAUCAAGGUGGUGACAGUGAGCCGGAAUCUGGACCCCGACGACACGGCACGCAAAAAAGCCCCUCCGCCUCCAAAGAGAGCCCCGACCACCGCCCUGUCCAUGCGCUCCAAGUCCAUGACCUCUGAACUGGAGGAGCUUGUGGAUAAAGCCACUCUAAGGAAAAAGAAAGGUGACAAGGUUGAAGAGAUGACGCACGCCCAGAAGACCUCGCCUGUUGAUACGAAGAUUGCCACAAUCAAACCACGGCCAUCCAGUCGCUGUUUGGUUACGGCAGCUGAUAUGAAUUCCAUGUAUCAUGACCGCCAGGGAGUAGCAGUGGUGCCACCCACUGUGCCUGGGGCCUUUCUGGGGAUACCUGAAAAGAGCACUUUGAAAAAGCAAAAGUCCAUAGGUACAUCGGAGGAUGAGAAACAGGGAUUCCUCACACCUCCCCUACUCAAGUUCUCCCGCAGCCUCUCUAUGCCCGACACCUCAGAAGACAUCCCUCCUCCUCCAGCCAUCUCACCUCCUUCGCCACCGGACUAUAACUCAGCUGCUGCCCCAACACCCAAGAGCUACGGCACCACACGACCCAGCUUCACCCAGAAUUCACCCAAUGCAGUGAAGACGAUUAGCCGGACCACCGACGUUGGUACAUUAAGGCGCGGCUAUUUCCGCCAGAGCUCCGAGCACUUUGAGACCACACGGAUUCGAGGGCGCACACCAGUGCCGGAGAACCCUUACUCCGAGGUGGGCAAUAAGACACUGUAUGUGCCAGCCAAACCAGCUCGAAGGAAGGGCAUGCUAGUAAAGCAGCCCAACGUUGAGGACAGUCCCGAGAAAACGUGUCGCAUGCCAGCUAACCCCUCGGGCGCGGUUUCCAUGCCUACUACGCCAGUAGAACGAACUUGCUCUUCCAUUCCCAUCCCCACUAUCAUCGUUAAGGAGCCCUCCACCAGCAGCAGUGGAAAGAGCAGCCAGGGUAGCAGUAUGGAGAUCGAGCCCACCACCCCUGAACACCCACCUCUAACGCCCACUGUUUGUGGUUUGCGUCCUGAAGACCCUAUGUCUCUAAGCAACCCCUUUGCGGCAGCUAUUGCCGGAGCAGUACGGGACCGGGAAAAGAGGCUAGAGGCAAAAAAACAUUCAACUGCCUUCCAGUCAGUAGACAUGGGGGAUGAUGACUUCAGUGGUCCCACACCAACACCUCGCCUUCGCCAUUCAAAGUCUAUCGAUGAAGGCAUGUUUAGUAGCGACGAGCGGCUUCGAAGGAUAUUGGGUCCCCCUCUCGCAUCACAGCUUGGACCCCCUGUUGGGGGUGGUAGUGGCAACAUGACAGAUUUCAACACUCCUGAGCCUACAGUGGUACGGGAACCUCUAAACACUAGAACAGGCCAGUGUCCCAACCUGGACAGUCCUGUUAGUCUCCCAGCCACUCCUCCUAAGAGCCACUACAGGGCCAAUGGGACCUACCUCCAUCCUGUCACCGGCAAGCCCUUGGAUCCUAAUUCUCCACUUGCUCUGGCCCUGGCAGCUCGUGACCGGGCGAUGAAGGAGCAACAAAACCAUCCUCAGAAUCAGACACCAAAUCCUCCUCAGGUUCAGCAAACGCCCAAGCACGAAGCCCAGUCCCUCCCAAUUCAGCCAAGCCACAAACCAGACCUCAACCAACCGCUGUUUAUUGACACCAAACUACGCUCCGGGAUCGAGACAAGUUUCGCUGCAAUCUCCUCAGCAACCAUGGGCCGGCCUGGCCGAGGCGGUCUGCGGAGGCAGGCCACGGAGCAGAAGUAUGAGUCUGAUGGGGCACGGGAAGAACGGCAGCAUCAGGCAGCUGAGGAGAGGAAAAGUGCGCCAGCCGAUGUGGCAGACACAUCACCACCCAAGUCAGCCGGGCUGUUGAUGGUCCACACCAGCAACGAAGCAAGCAACAAGGUGAACAACCAAGAGGUGGAGGGGCAGGAUAGCAACAGGCCUUCUGAGCUGAAGGACCCCAACCAACCCGAUCCUGUCAACGCUACAACACUGUCCGUCAAUCCUCAGCCACCCUCAUCACGGAGGAGGAGCAUUCCCUUAGGCGAGUCCAUGGAUGAACCCGUAAAGCUGCCCUUCCGCAUCCCCCCUCCCCCUCUGGCCUCAGUUGACAUCGAUGAGGACUUUGAGUUCUCGGAGCCCCUUCCCCCGCCGCUAGAGUUUGCCAACAGCAUUGACAUUCCUGAUGACCAGGCUAGUGCCAUUGCAGAGAUGCUUCAUCAACAGAGACGGAAUGGGGGACACCCUCUACCCCCAUACCAUGCUCACGCCCCACCACCUGUCUCUGAUCAACAUAAACGGGUGGCAAACAGCAUGCCCCCCUCAUAUCCUCCCCCUCCACCUGACUCAGAGUCAGGGGUGGGUGACUCAGGCAUCGAGGAGGUAGACAGCCGCAGUAGCGGGGAUCCUCAGCACAUGGAGACCACCAGCACCGUUUCCAGCAUCUCCACCCUGUCAUCGGAGGGAGGCUUCUGCGACAGCGCUCUGGAGAGCCUUUACGCCACCGCAGACGGGCAUGCCUUCCUGGUGGAUCGGCCCCCUGUGCCACCCAAACCCAAGGGCAAGUCCGUCAUAAACAGAACAUCUCUUUAUCAUGACGCUCUCAUUGAAGAGCCCCCGGAGUCCUAUGGGUCGCCGCCUCAGGCCCCUCCCCCUCCCCCUUCGUCCUCUGAACCUCCUAGGACUCCAACUCAAAGGACAUCCAAGCUGUGGGGCGAUCAGCCCCCCGAGCUGCGCAGCCCCCCAUCCACACCAGACUCCAAGAACACAGUUAUCACCGAGCUGAGCUCCAUUCUGCAGCAAAUGAAUCGCGACAGGCCAGCCAAGCCAGGAGAAAGCCUCGACUCCCCCACGGGGACCAGGGGGGGCUUCGGAACAAGGCUUCCCGCAGACGACUCAGGGAUGCGUAACAACGCUGCGGCUGCUGCCCUCGCCUCCACCCCUCCCAGCAGCCUCCCCUCCCAGACGCACCCCUGCAGCCCGCCAGACUCCGGCUCCUCCCUCACCCCCUGCUCCUCACUGCCGCCCUCCGUGUCGCCCACCCUCACCGACGUCUUCGGCCUGCCCACCCCACCCAUGGGCAGCGGCGGCGCCUACAGCCUGAGCUCCUCGUGUGGCGGCAGCGGGAGCUCGCGCUCGCCGUCGCCGCUCACUCUGAUGCAGGCAGUGGCGGCCUCGGGCAAGCCGUUCGCCUCCAAGCCCAUGGAGCUGUGGAGCAAGCACGACGUGGCGGACUGGCUGGAGAGCCUGAACCUGGGCGAGCACCGGGACGCCUUCCUGGACAAUGAGAUUGAGGGCGCCCACCUGCCCUCGCUGCAGAAAGAGGACCUGAUAGACCUGGGCGUGACGAGGGUGGGCCACCGCAUGAACAUCGAGCGGGCCCUCAAGCUGCUGCAGGACAGAUAAGCCCCGAGGAGACGGGGUGGCGACGUGCGGAGUCCGGGGGCCGAGGAAAAGGGAGAGGGGAGGUGUUUCCGAUCACUUUUUACCGAUCUCUUCAUCAGACAUAAUCUCAAGUCGUUGAACUGGGUAGACGUUUUUUUUGUCCAAGCUGAUGCUGCCUCUUGCUGUUUUUUUGUCCUCUCUCAUCCUCCGCCGCCCUCAUCUCAGCGUUCCGGUCUUGUCCGCCCUCUUCAAUUUCUUCCCACCGCCCUGAGCAUCAGGGGAUCACGGGAUGUCGGGCGGAACCGCAGGGGGAGAGAGAAGAGUAUAGCUGCUAUGUCACAUCAAGGAGAGCAAAAAGCAGAAGAUGCCAGUACGAAGGACUGACCAGAAAACGAAAACAAACUCUGGAAUAAUGUGUGUACUCAAACACGUUUGGAAGUUUAUUUCACAUAAAAGACUCAUGCUCACCCAACUGCUUUGGAAUACUAAAAGACUUUUUCCAUACACCCCGGUGUGGGUGCAUGAAAAACCAGCUGAGCUGGUCGUUGCUCCUUUUCUAUCUUUGCUAGAGUUUGUUCAGAAAAUAAUAUUUCUUCACUAGAGUCCUACCGGAGUUAUAUUUCUGGGUGCAUCUAAGGUUGUAGAGACAAAUUUGAGAUAGAGACUUUUUUGUUGUUGUUGCUUUUCACCUUGUUUGUGUCAAAAUAAGAACAUUAGCUGACAUGUUUAAAGAAAUACUAAACCAUAUCUUGUGUCCUUACACACACACACACACACACACACACACACACACACACACACACACACACACACA